UUUUCUUGCUGCGAAGCCCGGCCGUCACCUUUCAUCUAUGGGACUCGCGGGGUCACGGAAGUGGACCAUGCGAAUAUUUGAGGAUCACACAAUACAGGAGGAGAAAACAGCCCCCUCAGCGAUCGCUGUCAGCUUGAAGAAAAGCCUGCAAUAUCUCUCGUGCUGACACAGACGCUUUCCUCCUGGGCGCCGCCUCUUUACUAUCAUCCACCCACCGCUAUCUCCGUAUAUCCCCCGCCUUACGAAAAAAAGCCCAAGCAUGCAUACACAUCUCCGCGUACAAGCACACGCAUGCCCAGGGCGGCCCCGAUCGAACAUUGAUCAACGAUUGGUUUGACCGAAUCUGCAAUCAAACCGGACCGCUUUGGAGGGGCAACGCACCUUGCACUGGGGGACAAGCAACGCACAGAGCUACAAGCCCAAGGGAUCGACUCCCGCAGCCCAGAGAUGCGUGACACACCGCCUACUUGGCUACGGAGGUGGGGCUGGAUGCUGCGGCACAUGUGCGAGGCCCCUGUCAGAAAACGACCCGAGGAAGAGGAGGAGGAGGAGGAGAACAGAGGAGGGGCAGGAACUAGGCAGGAGGCGAAGCAGCGGCAGGGUGCGGCGGGUGAGCGGCGGGAGGAGGAAGGAGAAACGGAGCGGAGGAGGGCGAGGGAGCACAGGGACGAGGACCCCGACGAGGAGGACCUGGCAGCGCCCGCGCCGCUCGCCCCGCGGGCUCCCCGGGCCGGGACCCCGGGGGCCCGUGGAGCUCGCGCCGAGGGCGACGACCACGGCUGCAGCCACGCGCCUGCGGCCGAGCGGCUGCAGAGCCCCGAGGCCGGCCGCGGGACGGCUUCGGCAGAGGGCCUGGCCAUGGCCAUCGCUGGGACGUCCACUCCCUGAGCUUUUUGUCGUCUUCGUGCGCGGUUGUUCCGCCAAGCGAUCCAUGACGAACCAACAACAUACACCCAUACCCAUAGGGGGAUCGGAGAGGGCUAUGGGUGCGUGUUGUCGGAUGGGGG